CCAGGAUUUGAGACAGAAGCAGAAAGUACAGCUGUGUGCUCUGCAGACUACAUAAGAUAAAUUAGGAGCUACAACAGGGCAGAAUGAGAGGACUUAAUGCUAUUUUACUCUUUUUCAUCUUUGUCUGCUGCAUCAGGGCUAAGAAGAUGCGGUGGUGCACAGUGUCAGAUCCUGAACAGAGGAAGUGUGCAGAACUGGCUAAAGCUCUAGUGGCAGUGCUGCCGCCAGCUGCUGUGGCGGCUUUUGCCAAACUCUCAUGCAUACGAGCAUCCAGCACGACUGACUGCAUCGAUAGGAUCAGGGCUAACCGUGCUGACAUAGUGACGUUAGAUGCGGGAGAAGUUUAUUCUGCUGUGAAACAGUUUGGCCUCGUUGUCAUCGCCAAGGAGAUAUACAGUGACGGAGGCUGUAUUCUGUCCGUGGCUGUGGUGAGAAACAGCAGUUUGGACAUACGGUCCCUGCGGGGCCUCAGGAGCUGUCACAGUGGCGUUCGAUGGACGGCUGGAUGGAGCCUUCCACUCGGGUUCCUGCUCUCACGCAACUACCUGAGCUGGUCAAAGGAGCAGCCUCUCAGUCAGGACGUCAGCACCUUUUUUAGUGCCAGCUGCAUUCCUGGAGCUGCUGCCAUGGCACCUCCUCUGUGCGCUCUGUGCCAAGGCCAGAAGUCCUACAUCCGCCAGAGGAAUUACCACUGCGAAACGUCCCACAGCGAGCCCUUCUACAGCAACCAAGGAGCCCUCAGAUGUCUUAGGAGUGGAGCUGGAGAUGUUGCAUUUGUGGACCAUUUAGCUCUUGAAAGUCUUGAAGACAGCGAUAGAGACGAGUUCAGGUUACUGUGCACAGACGGCACACAAGCUCCUCUCAGCCACUACAGAAACUGUAAUCUGGGACGUGGUCCAGGAGGCGGCAUGGUCACCAGAUUUAACUUUCGCAAGGUUGCUCGCAAGUUUCUAGCAACGGUGCAGACGCUGUUUGGCCAGCGAGGACGAGAGGGGCAGCGCUUCCAACUCUUCAACUCGUCUUCUUUUGGAGAAAAUGAUCUUCUCUUCAGAGAUGUGACAGAUAAAGUGGCUGUUCUGUCGGAUGACAUGGAUGUCAGUCAGGUGCUGGGGCUGGAUUAUGUGGCACUGCUCAAAGGCCUCGGGCAUGAAGGAAGUUCACUGGAGGACAGCGUUGUGCGGUGGUGCUGUAUUAGCAAUGCAGAGCAGAAGAAAUGUGAGCAGUGGGCUCUCAGUAUAAAGUCAGACCCGCUGGUGUGUGUUAGAGCCGUCUCACUCCGCGACUGUGUCGAGAAAAUCAAGAGGGACGAGGCGGACGCUGUCUCGCUGGAUGCAACUCACUCUUUCAUUGCAGGAAAAUGUGGUCUUGUCCCUGUCGUCACAGAAUAUUAUGGAAGAGAAUGUGUGCCUGCUGAAGGAUCAACCCACUUGGAGACAGAUGUGUUGCCCUCCGUGGUGGCUGUGGCAGUGGCAAAGCGCUCCAGCAGAAACAUAUUCAUAGGGAACCUCGGAGGCCGUCGCUCCUGUCAUGACCACAUGUACAGCCCGGCAGGCUGGCUGCUGCCGUACAGACACACGUUAAGCCUGGAGCAUAACAACAGCUCCCCCUGUGAUCCAAACCAAGUGUACAACGAGGUGUUUUGGAAAGGCUGUCUUCCCGGUUCUCAGGGGAAUCUGUGUAAAGUGUGUAUGGGAGGCACUGGAGAGGCUGCCACCAAACGCUGUGCUGACAACCACAAUGAGCGUUACUAUGGCAACAUGGGGGCAUUAAGGUGUCUGGUUGGAGAUCCAAGUGGUAAAACCUACGGUGACGUGGCCUUCCUGGAACAGCACAACCUUCAGGCCAACAUCCUCAGUUUGAGUUCCACUGGCUGGGCAGAAGGUUGGACGUCAUCAGACUUUGAGCUGCUGUGCGGCGAUGGUCGUCGGGCUCCGUUGUCAGAGUGGGAGAGCUGCAACCUCGGAGUCAUCCCACCGAACACCGUCAUGACGCGGCCGGUUCUCACAGCACGAGUGUACGACUUCCUCAUGAAGUCGCAGGAGACUUUGGCAGCCAAUCCAAACUCAGAGUUCAAGCUCUUUGAGUCUCAGCCAUAUGGAGAAAGUGAUCUGCUGUUCAAAGAUGCAACUCAGUGUUUUGUCCACACAAGCCACAUGGACUACCGCUCCAUCCUCGGAGAAGAGUUUUAUCAUCACGCAGAAUCUGUCUUCAACUGCACACACUCUGAUAUCUUAGAGUUUUGUAAUCAGGAUGUGUGCAGCAUAUUUUAAUGGACACACCCCCUGUGAUAUUUGGUGGUUCAGCCAUCAACCCUUCAGCCACAAACUCCAAAUCUGAUGACUGCAAACCAUCGCUGGCAUUAUCCUGUUCACAGAUGAGAUUAAAAUCUAAACUCCGCUGCAGGACUCUGCUGCAAACUGAAGUGACUGACAUUUCAACAACUGUCACACUCUUCUUUGGUCUUUACUGUUUUCAUUGCUUUCAAGUUUUCUUAAGUCAUGUGUCAUACGCAUUUUAAGGGACAGAGAAAAGUCUCCAGCAUCUUUAAGUUGCCAUUGUAACUUAAACUGUUAUUUUAUGCCUAAUCUGUCUUUCAGAAAGGCAAUACACAUUUGCUUUGUAUUUUUAAGCCUGAAAACAAAUUCCAGUGACAUAGAGACUCAUGCAAAGAAGUUGAGACAACACAUAGCAUUGAGAUAAAUACCAAAAGAUGUGACUAUAUUUGUAAAUGUGUGUAUAAAAUGUAACCAAUAACA